AUGUCUACAAAAGCGGCUGUCCCAUUUUCUAGGGAAGCCUUGGAGCAAGUCUUGAAAAGACGUUUCUUUUUUGCCCCUGCGUUCGAGAUUUACGGCGGUGUCUCUGGUUUGUACGACUAUGGUCCUCCAGGAUGUGCCUUCCAGGCCAAUAUCGUCGACACUUGGAGAAAACACUUUAUUUUGGAAGAAGACAUGCUUGAGGUUGACUGUACGAUGUUGACUCCCUACGAGGUGUUGAAGACCUCCGGCCAUGUGGACAAGUUCUCCGACUGGAUGUGUAGAGACUUGAAGACUGGUGAGAUUUUCAGAGCAGACCAUUUGGUCGAGGAGGUUUUGGAGGCUCGUUUGAAAGGCGACAAGGCCGCGCGUGGUGAAAAGGUCGCCGACGAGGACGACGACGACAAGAAAAAGAGAAAGAAGAAGGUCAAGGAGAUCAAGAACGUCAAGUUGGACGAUGAGGUCGUCGCAGAGUAUCAGUCUGUUUUGAAUCAGAUCGACGGGUACUCUGGAGAACAAUUGGGUGAGUUGAUCAAGAAAUACAACAUCACCAAUCCUUCUACCGGUGGUGCUUUGGAGCCUCCUGUGGAAUUCAACUUGAUGUUUGAAACCGCCAUUGGUCCUUCCGGUCAGCUCAAGGGUUACUUGAGACCGGAGACCGCUCAGGGUCAAUUCUUGAACUUUGCCAAAUUGUUGGAGUUCAACAACGAAAAGAUGCCUUUUGCUUCUGCUUCCAUCGGUAAGUCUUUCCGUAACGAGAUUUCCCCUCGUGCUGGUUUGUUGAGAGUGAGAGAAUUCUUGAUGGCUGAAAUCGAGCACUUUGUCGACCCAGAGGACAAGAGCCACCCACGCUUCGCGGAGGUCAAGGACCUCAAGUUGAAGUUCUUGCCCAAGGGUGUCCAGGAAUCUGGUUCCAAUGAGUUGGUGGAGAAGACCAUCGGUGAGGCAGUUGCCCUGAAGAUGGUCGACAACGAGACCUUGGGUUACUUCAUGGCUAGAAUCUACCAGUUUUUGGUGAAGAUUGGUGUCGACCCUAGCAGAUGCAGAUUCAGACAGCACUUGCUGAAUGAGAUGGCUCAUUACGCUUCCGAUUGUUGGGAUGCUGAAUUGGAGACCUCCUAUGGUUGGAUCGAAUGUGUUGGAUGUGCUGACAGAUCUGCUUACGACUUGUCUGUGCACGCAGCUAGAACCAACGAGAAGCUUGUCGUCAGAAAGGCCCUCGCUGAGCCAAGAAAAGUCAACAACUUUGAAGUUGACAUCGAUAAGAAGAAGUUCGGUCCUAAAUUUAGAAAGGAUGCUGGCGCUGUCACCAAAUUCUUGACUGACAGAACUCAAUGUGAGUUGGAGGACUUGGCCAAGGAAUUGGCAGACAACGGUAAGAUCGUUGCUAAGGUUCCAGGUGUUGAAGGUGAGGUUGAGAUUCCAGCCGAGCUUGUCAAGAUCGAGAGAGUGGAGAGAGUUGAGCACGUUCGUGAAUUCACACCUAAUGUCAUCGAGCCAUCGUUUGGUCUCGGCCGUAUCAUCUAUUCCAUUUUCGAGCACACGUUUUGGGCCAGACCAGAAGACAAGGACAGAUCCGUUUUGUCGUUACCUGCCUUAGUGGCCCCAACUAAGGUUUUAGUUGUGCCUUUGUCAUCUCACUCCGACUUGAGUCCCCUUGUCUCCAAGAUCACUUCUGCAUUGAGAAGAGCUCAGGUGCCAUUUAAGGUAGAUGACUCUUCCGCUUCUAUCGGUAAGAGAUAUGCUAGAAACGAUGAAUUGGGUACACCUUUCGGCAUCACCAUCGACUUUGACACUGUCAAGGAUGGCUCCGUUACCUUGAGAGAAAGAGAUUCUACGAAGCAGGUAAGAGGCGCACUUGACGAUAUUGUCAAGGCUGUCAAGGCCAUCACCUACGACGGUGUCUCCUGGUCUGAGGGUACUGCUCACCUUACGCCUUUCGAGACAGUUACUGAGGAGAAAUAA